AUGGACAGUCUACUACAGAAAAGGAGUGUAUUGGUGCUCCUUUUAUUGGUAUGUUGUGUACUUUUUUAUGUCUUGCUUGGCGUAGAAAAGAAAGACACGUUUAUAGAUAAAGUAGAACAAGACAAGAAGAAAGCAGCACAUGCGUCAUCUGUUCACAUUGUCAAGGACAAUGUUUUACCAGUAGAGUUUCCAUCCCCAUUUCAAUUACAUACACCCACCAAAGAUGAAAAGUUCAUUACGUAUUUACCUCACUCAGGUUUCCAUAAUCAACGCAUCGAACUAGAGAAUGCACUCUUACUAGCGUCGUACCUCAACCGCACACUGUUGCUACCUUCAGUCUAUUUAGGCAAUCCAGCGUUUCCAUGGUUACGGUUCGACAAAAUGUACGAGCGGCUAUUAUUGCAGACGAAGAAUGGACUUAGUUACUGCUCCGAGUUGAGGGAAGGAGAACCAUUGAGUACGGAGUGUCUUAAUUAUUUUCGGUGGACAGCAGUACCUUGGACGUUUUUCUAUGAUCUGCAGGCAUUGAAUCGAAAAGUGCGUAUUGUAUUUCGACAGGACCUUAGUUUAGAGUGGCUCAAUGGGACAUUGCAGAUAGAUGCAGAUGACACCUACUUAUUCAAGGAUAAUUCACCCUUUGAUUUCCGAGUGUAUGAUUUACCCGAAUCCAAGACUCCUUUAACUCGAUUUGUCAACCGCAUUGAUCUUAGCACAUUGGAAUCUAUCAAGGAGAAAUUAAUUCAUUUCGGGUCUGUGUUUGGUACGUCACGUGUAUUGGCCCAGUCUAAAGAACAUGCAGAGCUACUCCAGUUUAUUAGACAAGAAAUGAUCUUUAAGAAUCCCGUGUUGGUGGAUACAGCAGCCAAAGUGGUACAGCAGUUGGGUGGAGUCGGACAAUUUGUGGGUAUUCAUUUACGUGUGGGGGAUGGUAUGUUCAAGACAAGAGCCUCAAUUGCAAUUGACGAUAUAUAUCAUCAAUUGGUGGACGAUUACACGGAUUUGUCGAUUGACGGAGUCAUGCAUUAUGAUGAAGAGCAUGAUGAAGACAGAAAAGAGAAUACAGAAUAUGAGAUUAAGCAGUUACGCGAAAGUAAUGUGGUGAAGGGAGAUGAUGCCAAGCCAAUCACGGUGAAUCAUCCAUCGGACAUCCAAAGUCGACUAGGAAGAAGCCAGCUACCGAGUUGUCAAGUAGAGGGUGAUGGAAUGAACGAUCGAUUUGCAAAAACAACCAUCUUUAUAGCUACAGAUUGUCCCAAUCCGCGAGAGCAUCCAUUGUUACGCAAGAUAUUUAGGACAUUCCCGUGUACUUUUGUGCUUGCUGAUUUUAAAAAAGAUUUGAUGGAACUAAGCAAGAUCGAGGUAGUGGAUGAAAAGGUUAAAUUGAAUCCAUGGCUGAUUCCAAUGGUGGAUGCCAUCAUUGCGUCUCAAGGUCAUACCUUUUUUGGCACCAAUUCAAGCACCUUCUCCACUUAUAUUGAACGUCAAUUGCACCCUGUUUAUACCAACCAACAUGCUUUUAUCUGA